AUGGCAGAACGAGAUAGAGAGGGCGUUUUUCGAGGAAGUUGUAUCAACCACCCGCCUCACAGAUUUGGCGGCUGUGAAAGGUUCAUUUUGGGUGAUGGAACGUCCAAGUGCAGGACAUGCAGCUGCGUUGCACGUUCUCACGUAAGUACCAGGCAUUUCAUAGGCUGAAUUCGUGUAGACCGGUACCUCAAAUAAUUAUUCAUCUGUCCUACAAGGGGCUUUAAUCAGGUCUUGGAAUUUAAACUUAUUACUUGCACCGAUUCCCUUUUUCGCGCACAGUAUGUUCCGAGAUCUGAAAAACUGAUUUUUUAAAAUAUGGUUUUUAUGUCAGUUUCUUUGGACACUUUUUGUGAUCUCACAUAUACACCCAGUGUGCAACUCCAUUUUAUAGUUAUCCCAUCCUCUUCAGUCUAAAAACUAAAACAAAAAACAAAAAAAAACAGGUAAUCACUGACCAAGUGAUCUGGCAAACAAUUAAUGGUAGAGGUAGGGUGUCUGUAAAAUGAGUAAAAUUGAAAUGCGAAGCUGUUUGGGGUCGCUCUCAAACACAUGUGUCCGCUAAGUACUUUCAAAUUUAAUCUGUUGUAAAAACCCGUAAGUCCUACUCAUCUUUGGUUAAAAUUUUAACUCCAAUCUUCAAAACCGCAUCAUCGAAGACGUACCAUACCCCCCAAAAAUGAAAAUCACUUAGGAAAAAUUUAAACCCAAUCACAUACAAGUCUUGUAUUAAAAGUAGUUUAAGAGAGGCACGUGGAGUUUCGAAAUUUUGUCACUUUACACCGUCAAAAAUUUUCGAGACCCGACACUUGCUCCGCUUGAUCAAUCGUUUUAAAUAGAUUUAGGGACGGAUAAUUGGAUAUGUUGUCAGGCGACAAGUAGGCUUAAGCCUAGUGAAUUUUUUUUAAAGGGUCUUAAAGGGUAUAUAUCACGAGGACAUUGCUGAUUUAGGCCAAUCCUAUGCAGUGUAUUUACCCUUACACGACUGAUGCUUCUUAGCCACUCACUCAUGCCCACCGUUGCCAUCCAUUGCAACAGAUAGCAUAGGCAGGAAAUAAUUUCAAUGCCUAUCUAAUACCGUAAAUCCUCUCAAGUACCUUUGACGGGGCACAUACAUGUAACAGAGAAGGGGUGCUUAUUGGCGGUGGGUGGGGGGGGGGGGGGGGGGGGGGGGGGGUUGGUAAUUUACUGAAGUGGGGCAUCAUACUACGCGUUUAGUUUUCUUUUUAGGUUUCUUUAUGCUUUUUUUAUAGAGUUGCGCCUGUUAAACUUUUCUGGUUUAGGAGGAUUCGCUAAUUCUAGUAUAGCUGGAAUGUAGAAAAAUUCGCUCCACUCCCCUUAGCAAGGCAAUUUCGUCAUUUGCAGCAAGAUAGCUUAUCAGGUCAUCACUACAAAAAAGAAAAAAACACCCCGUGUGAAAACCGGGGCGGGGUUCUCGACAAAUUUUUAUACCGGGAGGUUCUGCCCCGAGGUCCAAUCCCUGAUAUACCUCUUUUAGUUACCCCUUUCGUGCACCUUCUAUUGAGAAAUGAUACUCGUUGUUGACAUACCUUGAUUAGAACUUUGCAUCCCUUUUAACAUAUUUCAACUGCUGUAAAUGCACUGUCAAUUCAGUAGGAAUCAAUCACAAAAUGGACUCGUUUUAUCGACUUUAUAAAGCCAUAACAUUCACCUGUGAGCCCUUUUGGACCCUUUCACGGACCCAAAUGACAGAUUUCCCUACCCUUUAUUAAUAUACUUCAACUAGUGAAAUCCCUACCCUUUCAUAUACCUGAAGCCUGAAAAAGAUACUCUUUCCGCAGAAGCCUCCCCGUAUAGGCCAUUAUAGGGAGUAUCCCCUCCCCCCAAAUGUAGAAAGAACUGGCAUAGAGCGUGAACAAGUCGUUAACAUACUUAGCGCAAACAUCAUGACAAGAUUUUUCCUUCAUAUUCGGACUAAAUCCCAUUCCUCGCACAUGUCAUAAUUUUCACUUCGGUUACAGUAGGUAACGUUGUCGUUGGCGAGGAGACACAGAUCUUUUCUUGAUUAAUGUUCUCGAUACCGAAGGAACCUAACGAAAAUGCUAUUGUCAUACUCAGGUUGCCUUUGGUCCCUGUACCCGACACAGCUGUGGCGGGUAUGAUGAACUACCGAGUGUCUCAGGAGAAUGUUGUAAUUGUGGGUGUCCGCCAUCAGAGCAUCGAGGUGAUUAUCUUCUCUUUAAAUGUUCUCAAAACAUAGCCAAAGUCUUAAAGUGUUAAUGAUGGUGACAGUUUCGAAGACUGUCAGCCAUUUUUGUCAAAACUUGGAAAUCGUCAAAGGUGUCAGUAGCCUUAAAUAGGCUUCUGAAAGUGAUAAUUACUGAUUUCAACGCGCCAAGUCACUCUGUCGACGCCCCCGCCCCUGGUUUGGGGUUGGAGAUCACUUGUGUCCAUGAGGGAGAAAGCUGAUAGGCUCCCUCGUCCCUGUUCAUAGUAGGAGUGUUCCAUCUAAUACAUAUGCUUUCAUAAAAUUAUCUUCUACAAUUGAAUCAAAACAACUGCACAACUGUAAUUCCACAUCUCUCGUUUUCUUUUAUUUUUUAAAGCUGGUAUUAUUAAAGACUAUAGUUACUUUUAUAAUUAAUUUCUUGUUGUUUUUUUUUUCAUAUAUAUUGGAUAAAUAGUGUAAUUGAUUAAAGGCAGUAUUGAUUAACGGCAGUAUCGUAGUGUAUGGUGUAUACUAAUCCCAUGUAUUAUAAUGUUGUUCAGUAGUAGAAGUUUGUUAUUAAAAAGAAAAUACAAACUCAAAUAAUAUAGAGGGGAUGUAUGAAAGGCUGCGCGUAAAGGUAGCAAGGGUCCCAUCUUUAUAUUAACGCGUGACCUUUCAUACAUUGCCUCUGCUUUAUUUGCGCUCCUUAAGAAACGGAAUGUAGAGAGUUUUUGUAAGAAUGUUUCCUAUAAUCUGGUCACUCUUCCAAAUCGGAUGCAAAUAUAGUACGAUAUAAAACAUGAUAAAAGUUACGUUAGGAUGACCACACACUUUUCCUCUACUCGACCCUUAUUUGUUUUUUUUUUUUCCUCUGUUUGUCAUCAGCUAUCACGACGUCAAGCUCGCAGCCCCUGGAAAAACGUGGCACUGUGAAAGGUUUUACUUCCCAAAUUUAAUUUACUUUAGGUCCAACGGUUGCGAGAAAGGCGGGUGUGGAAAAAAGUGCACGCGACAGUCCUGAAGACGCAUUGUGGUUCAUUUUGAGACAUUUGAAAGAAUGGCACGAGAGGCAUUGAAACACCGAAAAUGAUCCAUUAAGCGCCGCAUCUUUACCGAGGAUAAUCCAUUAAGCGCCGCUGAGCGCGUUAAUUUGGGAUAUUUACAAAUUGAAAUUGAAUUUACUCUUGAACCGAGUUUUUCUGACAGUUCGAGGUUUACUUAUAGUAUAAUGAAUAUAGUAUUAUAGUAUAAUAAAUAGUACGCGCUUCAUUUAAUUCUCUCUCCGUGUUUUACCCGUUGUUGAAAUAGCGCCGCUGUCGUUUAAGGUAAAAUCAAGUAAGCGCCUGUUUGCGAAUGCUAAAGGAAUGCAGCAAUAGAACAUUCAACGGGUAACAGUGUCAGCAACAGCGUUUGGAUCAUAUCCCAUGAAACCUUUUUUAAUUGUCGCUGGCACAUUUUCUCAGCGUUUCUCGAAGUAGUUGUAUGUACCUCACUUUACCGGUUGUAGCGUAUGCAGAGAAAUUUAUUAUGCACUGAUUUCUAUAUGCAUUUUUGAUUGUCAUAGCUGCCACUAGAACCCAGCUAUCGUCGUCUACUUCAACUCCCUCCACAACUUUCACAUUCGAAGGUAAUUCUAAUGUAAAUUGUUACUCCCAAUGUCAUACAGUUCAUUCAUUAUUGGAGAGGAUAGUAUAUUUCAGUAUAUUGCUUUGCUAUAGGAAUGAACCUAACACGUGUCAAUAUAACAUAGUUAGCGGUCCAUGUUCUCCACACAGAUCAAUCAGAAAGGACCGACGAGGACGGAAGAAGAUGGAAGCACAUUCAGCAAUUGGCAAAAGCAAAGAGAAACGAGCAGCUUGAUGCGAAUCCACCAAAGCGACAAUGUCGCAAGCCGGGUGGUGGUCGUGGCGGACCAAGGCCAAAUUCCGGACGGAAAAAAAGCAUCCCUAAAGUGAGUUAUUGGGUUUGCAAAACUGUAUCAACUUUCCCUUUAAUGAUGGUAGCGAGUGGAGUGGUCUAAUUGGAGACAAUGAAAAGACCAUGUGUGUGUUGUCUAGUGCGUUCCAUUUUUCAAAUUAUAUGUGGUUAGGCGUCCUCACGAGCUUUCAUCAGUUCCUGCUGCUGAAAUAGAUAGGCAGGCCUGGACCUAUUCAUCCUUUCUUCCCUGCUGCUUUCGCCAAAUUUGAGGUUUGAUUGAGAUGUUCAUUUUGUCUCUGACAUGCUUUCAACCAAGCUUUGGCGUACUGUAAUAUAACCAUUUGUAUUUUGAGGCGUCGAGAGUAAAAUUCUACACCAGUCUUUUUCAAAUGCUAAUUGAGGAAAUUAAAAUUUACCUUUACAGGAAAUAACAGCGACCCCUGUGAAACUUGUAUCCCGUCGUUUGGGCAAGUACCAGGCGAAUGGACCUAAAGAAUUUGUGAGUAGUCGAAACAUGUUAGCCGGAUAUUAUUAUUGUUCGCUUUAUGGGCAUAACGAAGCAUUUACUUGGAACAUUGUACAAAAGAUGCACACCGCGUAUAGUGAUCUCUAAUCAUUCAGCGUUUAAUUAUUAUACUAUACACUAUUGGGUACAGAAUAAUUUCGUCAACCUUGUCAAAACGAGACCAGUUUCCAAGCCGAGGUGCCCCUGAUAAAAUCAGGGUGGGCGGCUAAUCGGCAGUCGCUCCCCCUACCUCGACAAUCUGCGACUUUGUACCACAGGAACACCAAGAUUAAGAUGUGUUCUGACGAACGAGAAUAAAAAAACAUAUAGUCUCGAGUGCAUCUAUCGUGCACACACAAACAAAGUGAUAACGAUAGACAAGAUGACCGACUAACGCAAUAGGUGCAUGGUAUGGACUGACUUGCGUUGUAAACCACUCUUGUGCCGUGUGAUAGCUUUUAAACAUAUAAAGGUAUUGAUCCGCACUUUGCAGGUAUCUUUAAGCGGUGUGGACACUGGCACAUCUGAAGGUCUGACUCUCAAGACCCUGGAGAAUGUCAUGCUUGGGCACUUCUUGGGUCUUACAAGAGAGCAGGCUGUCGAUCGCUACCAGUUUUACAUCCUCAAGACGCUUCGGGGACCACAACUGACUAUGGAUAGUCAUAUCACGGGGAAACAGUUCUAUUUCUACUGGAGAGCUGGAGUGGAAAUGGUAAAAAGGCGAUUGGCUUGCUAUAUUUUUAUUUUAUUCAAGUGUUUUUCUAGGGAAAUCGAUCGAGAAAAGUGCGAGUUAUCCGUAGUUGAAAGCAAGUGACCGAAAAUAAGGAAAUAGAUAAAUGGGAUGGGGCGGGAAAUGCAAGUAUGAUGCACACUUCACUUUAAGAGCAACAACAACAACAAAACUUUAUUAAUAAACAAAUAAAAUUACAGAAGUAUUGCCGGUAGCUAGUAAGGCUUUUCGAGGCUGGAAAAGGAAAGUUUACAGUUUACAAAUAAAUAAAAUAAAAAUCGUAAUAUGAAGGAGGACUAGAUAGCAGACUAAAAAACACGAGAAAGAAUUGAACUAAUUAGUUGUAAAAGUAGAAACUAAUAGGCAAGAAUUUAUAUUUCGACAUUUUUGGCUACUCUACCUUUUUAACUAAGGUGGGCGUAUCAAUAUUACCAUUUCGGUGCCGCGCUUGCGACAUGUCGUCAGUGACUGGAAUUUCUUCACUUGAUUCUUUAGAUCUUGGAUUUCUUUUCGUAACGCUUGCUUUUCUUUCCUUAGUUCCUCAGUUCCGGUCAUAGUUGAGAAAAAGUUAAAAUUUUGAGAAGAAAUUUACUAAGAAACCGGAGUGAUCGACAAAAGGUCCGGCCGUGAGUAGGUUCUCUGUACCAGUCUCCCAGAGCAGCAACAGAUAUAUUGAUGUUACAUAGAAAUGAAUAGAGCAACAACGCUUUUUCAAUAUAAACUGGUAAUCCAGGGUAAAAUCAUAUAUAGACCAUCCCAAGGGAGAAAAAAGGGUUCGAGGCAUCGUCAGUCGACUGUGUUGUUGACUAGCUAGAAUUCGAUUAAUAGUAAACGUUUUUUGGCAAAACUAGGACAUCUUUAUGACAAUGAGCCGAGACACUAGACUCUUAAUUCAAUUUUAACUACAAACAGUUAAUAUUAUUGGAGUCAAAGAAUGUGACAAAAAGGGUCAUUUGUUUCAGGAUUCAUCUGACGAGGAGGAAGCGAUGCGCGAUAGCCUGGAUCCACUUCCAGAGCUGGAGUCGGAGCCACUAACAUCACUCUCGGCCUCAAAUACUGCUGCUACCAACGCACCUCUGAGAAGUGUACGCAGUCCAGCGCCGUCCGUAGUGUUGAGCAAGAAAGCGACAGAUCAGAGGCGCAGAGGUCAAUUGAGAGGUUUAGCCCUGGCAGUGCCAUCCUCGUUACCAGUCAGGCCAUCUGCUGUGAUCAACUUGGGAAAGUCGAUCGCACUACCGCCAGUCAGGCAAACUGGUAGGAAAAGCGCAAUUGUCGUAUUUGGAAAUGAUACUUGACAACCAGAAACGUAGAGAAAAAAUAAAAGGCUUAGAAUACAGGCCUCACUUAAUUGCCUUGUCCUAUUCCUUAAAUAAUAUAAUUAAUAAUGAUCAUAUAUCGCUUAUGCCUUUUUUUUUCUCGCAAUUUUGUCAACUUUUCGUUAAUACUUCUUUUUUCAAGGGUCUUCCUUUGCCUGGAAUGAUUGAACGGUGCCCUCCAGGUCUGGAAACAAUUCCCACGCUAAGUGGAAAUUGUUAACGCGCGUCAAGAUGCUUUUGUCAAAGGAUCAGUCUCUAAUUUGAAUUUUUUCUCCUGCACGUUGUAGAAUUACCAGUGGCAAUUACAUCGUUCACGAUGGCCAGUGAUUGGGGCUCCAUAGAGACCGAAGGACCACUUCACUGCGUUCUAGACGUGCAAGGAUUUCCAGCCCAGCCGUUUGGAUCUGGAACUUUUCAGAACGCCUUUAAGGCUACCUGCAUCGUACCUAACAAAUUUUUAGAUUUUUCAGGAAGAUACGUGUUGAAACAACAAAAACUGGAAGGUCCUUUGACGACUGAAGCGGUCGACGGUUUAUCAUCUGAGGACAUGGACCUAAUGGACGAGGAGAGCAGUAGGAAAUCUGCCAAGGUACUAUAGCCUGACAUGCUAUCUUUCAAUGAAUAGGUAUAUUACACGGACGACUGUGUCCACUGAAAGAAUACUUUAAAGUCCAGUCCGGAACAUGGUUUGAUCAGUGAUUGAGUCUGGAACAUGUUUAAAAUCAUCGCCGCCUUUUUAAUGAGAAGGCUUACAGUUUGGCACUUAGUUAACGUUCUAUUCUAUCUUUGUCAUAUUCAAUCCCCAGGCCUGUCAGAUUUCAGCUGUUGCUAAUGCCCUUUGCCAACACUACAAUUUGAAGUGCAGGCAGAUACCUGAUUACGGCGAAGAAAUAAGGUAACGAGAAAAUGUCUUUGUGAGGGGUUCAGACAGCUUCGGUAUAGGUUUGAAGAAUGAAAUCUGUACAUAGAAAAGAUUGUUAGACGCAGUAGGGAUCAGAGAAGCCGGUGCUAGAAAGCACGCGAUAAGGAAUCGUGAAGGUGGUGGUGGGGCCUCCUCCCGAAGAGAGAUUUCAGAGAUAUUAAAUCUUCAAAUAAUCGUGCAUUUUUUGAGAGUCCGGUUACAGCAGUUUGUACCUCCGAUGGCCAUAGAUCUGGCAUGGCCUAUGCCUAUAGUUUGGCUCGGACCCUUCAUUCAGUUUUUGGGAGGGUUGUGAAUUCUUUCUCUCUUUUUUUGGUAUAACCAUCCUUAUUCUGGCGAGAUGAAUAAAAAUUUGUUCCAGUUUGUUUAUAAUUUUGCAAGUACACAAUUUUAAGCUGUGUGUUGCGAAUACCCCUUUCAUAUUAUAUUAGGGUAUUACCAUCACUAUUUGUAAAGAUGACUGGACAGUUUCCUUCUUGUGGGAUUUUGGAACACGAGAUAGAGGGAACUUGGCAAAAAUUCCUAAACAAUGACGGACUGGAGAUGGGCGGCGAGGAGAACCAGUUCAAACUGAAGGCACUGGCGUUCGCACACUGGACUUUUAAUAAGUUUGAUGGCAGACUUCUCGUUUGUGACCUACAGGGUAAGUUGAUAUUUCCCCACUUUCAAGAGAACCAGUUCCAACACAGCAACUUAUUCAUUUCUAAACAAUCGACAGAGGCCAAUUAAAGGAGACAGCUUCGAGCAGUUAAUCGAGUUUAGUAUAGUAUUUCGCGAGGAGUAAUCCAGAAGUACUAAUUAAAUUAGGCAAUGCUUGCCAUUUCGACCAUUUACUGAACAUAACUGUGUGCUUGUUAGGAUAUCUCGCUUACCAUGUAAACACUUUUAAAACCUCUUUAGGAGCCGACUACACUUUGUCCGAUCUGGAGAUCGCUUCAACAGAUGAGAGGUUGGUAUGA